ACACAGCCUUCUCCAUUGCAGAAAUUCAACAAAAACUUGCAGACUCUAUUAAUGAAGCCAUUAUAUUUUCUGGCAUUAUAUACAAAUAUGUUAAUUUGAAUUUGCAUUUGCAUUUGUUGUAGCUGAAGCGGGAUACAGCAGCAUGGCGGCCGUCCGCAGCCUGCGACAGCCGAUCACCGGCGGAUCUCCGGCAGUCAUUGCCGCUAUAAAUUCCCUCCUCCAAUCGAUAAAUCCCCAAAAUCCGAGAGUUCACCAAAACCCUAGCCCUUCGACCCUCGAUCAAUUUGCUUCAUUCUUGAGACCUAAUUUCGUGAUCGAGAUCAUCAAGGAUCAGACAAACCCUUAUCACGCCCUCUUCUUCUUCACCUGGGCCUCCAAUCCGAGUCCCAACCCAAAUCAUUACAGCCACUCCCAUUUCUGCUACAUCGCCAUUACUGACAAGCUCCUUUCCCACAGAUUGUUUUCAUUAGCCGCGGGGUUACUGAAAAGCCACGACAGGUUCUCGGAUUUCAUGGUGGGUAAGUUCAUCAAAGCUCACGGCGAUUUGGGGCACCUGAAGUGGGCUGUGAAGCAUUUUCGCGAGGUGAAUUGUGGGGAUUUCGGAGGCUGUCGAUUUUCUUUCAAUGCGCUGUUGGGUGUGCUGGUUAAGGCCAAUAGAAUCGGCCAUGGUUUGGGUUAUUUUGCGCAGAUUGUUGUUAAGACAGCCGCCGUGAGGCCUGAUGUUUCGAGCUACACCACCAUGAUCAGGGGCUUGUGCAGAGCAGGCAUGGUUGUGGAUGCAGAGAAGGUGUUCGACGAAAUGACUGACUGCAAGAAUUUGGUGACUUUUAACGUUAUGAUCGAUGGGCUUUGUAAGAAUGGGUUGGUAGCUAAGGCGCAGAGGAUUGUGGAUCAAAUGGUUGAGUCUAAUUCCGACUCUGGCACUGGUUGCUUGCCGGACGUUAUGUCGUACACGACGUUGUUGGAUGGUUAUUGCAAGAAAGGCGAGUUAAAGAAUGCGAUGAGAUGUUUUGAUGAAAUGACGAGCCGGGGGAUUUGCGAGCCGAAUGUUUUGACGUACAAUGUUUUGAUCAACGGGUUGUGCGUCAGCGGGGCAGUAGACGAGGCGAGGAGAAUGGUGAGCCGGAUGCAGUUGAACGGAGUGAGGGCCGAUGUUGCGACUCAAACGAUUUUGUUGAAGGGCUAUUCGAUUGCUGGGAGAUCGGACGAUGCGAUUGAGCAUUUCAAAAGUCUGGUUGAUAAAGGAAUGAAUCUCGAUGAAAAAGCGUACACGGUAGCAGUGAACGAGUACUGUAAUUUGGGGAGGCCCGACAGAGCGAUUGCGCUGAUAAAAGAAAUGAUAACGGCGAGGGGCGUUAGGCCUAAAACCGCAACCUUCAACGCCGUCUUGCGAAGCUUUGUUAAAUUGCAUCAGUUCGAUGACGCUAUUCUUCUUAUGAAGCAGAUGCAGCAAUGGGGAUUCUGCCCGAAUUUCUUAUCCUACAACGACGUGAUAAUUGCGCUCGUCGCAGCCAGACGAAUGAUGCAAGAUGCCGAGAUGCUUGUUCAAGAAAUGGUCGAAAAUGGCCAUAGGCUUGAUUUGACGUUAUACAGUUCGUUGAUCGAAGGAUAUUGCGCUAAUGGAGAUGCAGAGAAGGCAGUUCGUCUCUUCAAGAAAAUGAUCGAUGAGAAGCUCAUUGUCGGGAAGAGGUCGCUUGAGGUUUUCAUCAAAGAAAUGGCGUCGAAGGGUUUGAUGAAAUGCAGCUGCCCGACUUGAAUUGGCGACAAAUUAUCCGUUUUGAUUGAUCCGAUAGAGCGUUCGAACUGAAAGUAAAACAUCGGCGCUGUCUUGGAAACAUUGGAUUUCGAUCAAAAAACAUGUUGGAAAACAUGGAGAAGCUCGAACCUGUUAUGUUAUGUUCGACUUUCUUUCGUCGGGUAGUAAAACCGAAAAUCGACAACAGAUGUUAAUACGAAGAAUUCAUUCAUAGAGUCUGGUGAGUUUUUGCUGAAGCUCUUGAAUUUCUGCAAUGGCGGAAGUUCUCUCGUUGUGAUCAUUCGAAGAAUUCAGACAUUGUUGCUUCCUCAAUAUCUUACUUUCGAUGCUCUUAAUCUGCAAAAACACUUUCGCUUUUCAUUACAUUCGAACACUCGAAUCAUCGAUCGAUUUAACGAUAGCCUGACCUUUCUGUAAGGCCACCUGAGUAACCCUUCCUUUCGACAAAUACUCUUCACGGCGGAGGGACAUAUGUUCAUUUCUUUAGCCGCAUUGUUGAUCGGAAGAUGGAAAUACGGCGCCAAAUCUCUCACCUUCAUCUUCCCCGUCCUCUCCCUCUGCACUAAACAUCGCCAUCGCCGGACAUAAUUAAUUUAGAGGAAAAAG